AUGGGAGACCUGUUACAGAACUCCAUAUUUUUUUCAGAUCAACACAUUUGCUACGCCGAUAUCCUUCCUCCUUCUGAGGUUCGACUCAGGAUCGAAGUUGCAAUCCUUAGUUUCCUAAAAAAUCUCAGUUCCUCAACUCCAUCAGUAUCAGAUCUACCUCUGAUUAGCAGGAGGAUGAGCAAUAGCAGAGUUAGUCGAGGAUUACUGACCGAAAACACGAGGAUUUUUCUUUCUGAUUCGUUUUCUACAAAGUCGUUGAUGAAUGAGAACAGUGCUAAUUCAUUGAUCAGAGUGUGGAAGGUGAUGGAAAUGUGUUAUCAGAUUCUGGGUCAAGAGAAGAAAGUAACUCAGAGGGAGUUGUUUUACAAAUUGCUAAGCGAUUCGCCGCAAUAUUUCACCUCUCAGUUACAGGCUAACCGUAGCAUCCAAGAUUUGGUGGCAUUGCUGAGAUGCAGCCGUUAUAGCCUAGGCAUCAUGGCUACGAGCAGAGGAGUAGUUGCUGGGCGCCUUAUGCUGCAGGAGCCAAAUCGAGAUGUUAUUGACUGUUCUGUUUGUGGAUCAUCUGGCUAUGCCAUCUCCGGAGACCUCAAUUUCCUAGAAAAUUUGGUUAUGAAGAGUGAUGCUAGAUAUAUCAUUGUGGUGGAGAAGCAUGCUGUAUUUCAGAGGUUAGCCGAGGAUCGCUUCUUCAACCAAAUUCCGUGCAUUCUCAUCACGGCCAAAGGAUAUCCAGACAUCGGGACCAGAUUUCUUCUGCACCGGAUGAGCCGAGAGUUCCCUCAACUACCGAUUCUAGCCCUGGUUGACUGGAAUCCAGCUGGAUUGGCAAUAUUGUGCACAUUCAAGUAUGGGAGUGUAACAAUGGGGCUGGAAGCAUACCGAUAUGCUUGCAAUGUCAAAUGGCUUGGGCUGCGGAAAGAUGACAUCGACCAACUCAUACCAGAAGAAUCUUUGAUUCCAUUGAAGCCCCGAGAUCAUCAAAUCGCCAAAAGCUUAGAGUCCUCGGAGAUCUUGCAGGAUAUGUACAAGGAAGAGCUUGCCGCAAUGAUUCAUAGUGGUUGUAGAGCAGAAAUAGAAGCACUUUACUUCAAUGGAUAUGAUUUUUUGGGCAAGUAUAUAGGAAAGAAAAUUGUACAAGCCAGUUACAUAUAAUUCAGACCUAGUUCAGA